CUAACAUUGAGAAAUAAAAACAUAUAGUCAUUUUGUUUUAAAAAAAUUCCAAGUUAAAGGGAGGAUAAAGUGGUUAACUGCUUACACUUACACUGAUAAAGUCAAUCCGAAGGCAGACGCCGCCGGCGAACGGAAGCAGAAUGAGUGGCGGAGGAGAGCAUUCUGCGUCUGGUCCAGCAGGUUUUGCCCAAUCCUUCUUUGUCUGUCUGCUCUCCGUGCUUUCGGUGGUAAACAAGGGGUCAGCUAGUGGAUAUUCGCCGGCUGCAGCGGCAGAAAUCAUAUCGAGAUUCCAGGAGUACCUCCGAAUCGACACAGCCCAACCCAAUCCGCGCUACGGAGAAGCGGCUGAUUUCAUCAUCUCCCAGGCCAAGUCCCUGUCCCUCGAAGCCCAGACCAUAGAAUUCGUCAAGGGCAAGCCUCUAGUCCUCCUCAAAUGGCCCGGCAAGGACCCUCCCCUCCCCUCUAUCCUUCUAAAUUCCCACACCGACGUCGUCCCUUCCGAGCCUCACAAGUGGUCUCACCCUCCCUUUGGCGCCCAACUCGAUCACACCACAGGCAACAUCUAUGCCAGGGGCUCCCAGGACAUGAAGUGUGUCGGCCUCCAGUACCUGGAAGCUAUCCGCAGCCUCAAGGAUUCAGGAUUCCGUCCAAUCCGCACUGUUUACCUCUCCUUCGUUCCCGACGAGGAAAUCGGCGGCCAGGACGGGGCGGAGAAAUUCGCAAACUCCGACAUCUUUCGGGAGAUGAACGUUGGGGUUGUGCUGGACGAAGGUUUGGCUUCCCCCACGGGUAACUACCGGGCCUUCUACGGUGAGAGGUCCCCUUGGUGGCUGGUUAUCAAGGCAAUUGGGGCCCCCGGUCACGGUGCCAAGCUCUAUGACAAUACUGCUAUGGAGAAUCUUUUUAAGAGCAUUGAAAGCAUAAGGAGGUUCAGAGCUGCUCAGUUCGACUUGGUCAAGGCUGGCCUGAAGGCUGAAGGAGAGGUCAUCUCUGUCAAUAUGGUGUUCCUGAGAGCUGGCACCCCUUCCCCCAAUGGCUUUGUCAUGAACUUGCAGCCAUCUGAAGCCGAAGCAGGCUUUGAUGUUCGAGUUCCACCGACUGCUGAUCAGGCCUCAUUGGAGAGGCAAAUUGCUGAGGAAUGGGCACCUGCUUCACGCAACAUGACCUUUGAGUUCAGGGUGAAAGUAUCCAUACACGAUAAAUUUGGGAAACCUGCACUUACAGCUACAGACAGUUCUAAUAUUUGGUGGACGUUAUUUGAGGAAGCUAUCAAGGUUGCGAAAGAGAAACUCGGGAAACCAGAAAUAUUUCCUGCCUCGACAGAUGCACGUUACUUUAGAGAGAGAGGUCUUACAGCUAUUGGCUUUUCUCCCAUGGCAAACACUCCGGUUCUCCUUCACGACCACAAUGAGUUUCUGAACAAAGAUGAAUAUUUGAAAGGCGUUGGUGUUUACGAGUCAAUAAUCAUGGCAUACACGUCUUUUGUUGAUCACAUGCGAGAUGAUGUUUCCAAAGCAGAGUUAUGAGGACACACGAGACCUUAUCAACAAGAUUUAGUUUAAGAUGACUGGAUGAACGUAGCAAUUCGAUGGAAGUUGCCUGGGUCCACCAUAAUAAUAAAAUUGGAAUUGACUGGAUAGGUUUAGUAACCUAAUGAAGGUAACAAGAAUGAUGAACUUGGAACCAAACUUGGAAGGCAGCGAGAAUGAGAUGCUUGGCCGAUUGUGAUUUAUGAAGGAUUCCAUUUGAACUUGUUACUUUUUUGCGCAUGAAUCAAAAUUGUGUUUUGAAUUAAUUACUUGAGCUUCAGCAUCGUUUUACAUUGAUUUUUAAAUAAUGUUUGAUUUAAAUUAUUUGGAAAAUGGUACGUGUUUGGGUACCACGUGUUUUUGGCCAAAGUUUUAACCAUC